GCACACCGGAGAAGUGAAGGUAAAAUUGGUUUAGUCCAAGUGGCAGAAGGCCUUCAAUGACAAGCUGAAGAAUUUAGGAAUAUAUUGCUUUCCCCCGGUUUGUAAAAUUGGUUUAGUCCAAGUGGCAGAAGGCCUUCAAUGACAAGCUGAAGAAUUUAGGAAUAUAUUGCUUUCCCCCGGUUUGUAAAAUUGGUUUAGUCCAAGUGGCAGAAGGCCUUCAAUGACAAGCUGAAGAAUUUAGGAAUAUAUUGCUUUCCCCCGGUUUGUAAAAUUGGUUUAGUCCAAGUGGCAGAAGGCCUUCAAUGACAAGCUGAAGAAUUUAGGAAUAUAUUGCUUUCCCCCGGUUUGUAAAAUUGGUUUAGUCCAAGUGGCAGAAGGCCUUCAAUGACAAGCUGAAGAAUUUAGGAAUAUAUUGCUUUCCCCCGGUUUGUAAAAUUGGUUUAGUCCAAGUGGCAGAAGGCCUUCAAUGACAAGCUGAAGAAUUUAGGAAUAUAUUGCUUUCCCCCGGUUUGUAAAAUUGGUUUAGUCCAAGUGGCAGAAGGCCUUCAAUGACAAGCUGAAGAAUUUAGGAAUAUAUUGCUUUCCUCUGGUUUGUAUAUUCCAUUCUACAGUGUUGCUAAGUGAUGCAUUCCAGAGUUCUUGACUGUGAACUCCUGUGACUGCCAGUGGUGUUACCUGAAGGGCCACUGGCCUUUUUACACAAUGGCUAACAGCCGAUUUUCUUGUACGCAAAUUUGUGUUAAGAUGUAUGGGUAUUUUGCGAGGCUGUGUCAGCACCUCCGGUAUUUCUGGUCUGUCACUGUGAAGGGCUUUUUUGUUAAGAAGGAAAAACAAAUCCCUCCAGCUGAGCCUAAUUUUCAUGAAGAAAAAAUUGUUGUACUUGGCCAAAUGUUGAUGAAUGAAUCUCUACCCAUUGCGAAGAGAGCUGAAGCUGCCAGGAAAAUUGGACUGCUGGCCUUCACAGGAGGACCACCUGCUGGGAAAUCUGCAGCUGAGUACAUGAAAGAAGUGGCUCACUUGCUGCAAGAUGAGGAGUUGGCGCCAAAAAUAAAGAUCCUGCUGCUCCAGAGUGUGGCAUGUUGGUGUUACUUAAACCCUCUCAGCCAGAAAAGAGCCAGAAGUCUGCAAUUUAUUCCUAUACUCGUUAGUUUUUUAGAGGGCAGCUUUGAGUCUUCUAUCGGAAGUGAAAUAAACAGCUACCUCCUCCUUCAAUUUUGGACUUGUUAUGUUCUCUCUGUCAUGACAUGCAACAACUCGUCUUACGUCAAGGAGCUUAGAGACCACAAGAAUCUAAAAGAUUGUUUGGAAACAAUGGCUGGUGUGGAUUGGUCUGGAUGGCCAGAGAACUUUGCACAGGUUCUCUAUUACCUAAUUGGUUUUCACAAGGAUUAGUUUCUCCAAACCCAGUUAUGUGUUGCAGCUCUCUGCGCCACUGUAUUAUCCUGGAAAACUGAAAUAAAUAAUAAAAAUCG